AAUAAGCCUUUUUGGUGUGUCAAAGAACUCUUUUUUUUUUUUCAAAAAACAACUUAAAAUAAUACCGAAAAUUGUUGCUUUUCUCCCUCGUGCCUCCUUGUCGUGUCAUUUAAUUACCUGCGAACAAGAGAGAUCUAAAUCACACAGCGCGCAAACUCUUCCCUUCUUCACAUGUGUGCACUUGAUAAACUUUCUGUCGGUAUGUGACCUGUUCACGAUUUGCCGUAAAGUACCGCAUUUCAGUAUUUGAGCGACCGACAAGUGAAUCGGACAAGUGCAUUUGCUUCGAGUAUUUUCGUCUUCGUGUUUUUUUAAAGUAAUCAAAUUUAAAAGUUGGAGUACAACAAAAGGUUUAGCUUCAUGAAAUAUAAAAGAUCCUCGAAAAAGAAAAAAGACAAAAAUGUGAUUUACAUUCAACAGGAACCGAAAGGCUUAAAGAGCAUAUUUGGCAAUGUAAUGCGCGGCAAAGGGUUUUUUCAGUCACUCAUCUGUUGUAGCACACAAACAGACACUUACAGAAACGACGACGCAUCCAGCUCCCUUUUAAGGCAAGAGCAAACGUUGCCGAGUGUUCCGGAAGCAGGUCCCGUUGUUACCCAGCCCUCCGUUGACAAGUCAGACGCAGCAAAAGACACGAUGACGGGUGCCAGCAAGGAACUUUCGCCGGAAAAGGCGUCAAAUGAUCAAUUUGUGGAUGCGCGUCCCAUUGACGAAGGCAUCAUUGCGAGCGUUUAUAGUUUCGCGAAGAAAGCAGCUACUGUGGGCAUCGUUUAUCUCGUCGGUUACAUGGGAUGGUCCGUGGCAUGGUUAAUUGGCCCGGUAAUUCUCUCCGUAAUUCGUGAUCAGUGGCAACGGAAAAGCGAUCAGCGACGAAAUGAUGCAAAAGCGAUCGCUACUACCGAUGAAAGGCGUGUUAUUUUGGCGCGUUUGAACGAUUUGCCAUCAUGGGUUUUCUUCCCCGAUGUCGAACGCUGUGAGUGGCUAAAUCGGAUUCUGAAGCAAGUGUGGCCCAAUGCCAAUGACUUUGCACGAGCUUUGAUCAAGGAUUCCAUCGAACCGAAUGUUGCAAAAGCUCUCGCUGGAUACAAAUUACACAAUUUUCACUUUGAUCGUGUCAUUUUGGGAACAAUCCCCAUUCGCAUCGGUGGCGUCAAAGUUUACGAAAAAAACGUCGCUCGCAACGAAAUCAUCAUGGAUCUCGACAUCUUCUAUGCCGGCGAUUGUGACAUAACCUUCACUCUUGGAGCGAUGCGUGGCGGUAUCAAAGAUUUCCAAAUCCACGGAAUGGUUCGCAUCGUAAUGAAACCCUUAAUUUCCGUCAUGCCCUUGAUCGGAGGCAUGCAAAUUUUCUUCCUGAACAAUCCAAACAUCGACUUUAAUCUCGUUGGCGUCGUCGAUCUUCUUGACAUGCCCGGCUUAAGUGACAUCUUGCGACGCAUCAUCGUUGAACAAGUUGCUGCUAUUAUGGUUUUGCCGAACAAAUUACCCAUCGUCUUGAAUGAUACCGUGCCGGCGCAUCAACUUAAAAUGCCCGAACCGGAAGGCGUGUUGCGCGUUCACUUGGUUGAGGCGAAAAAUUUGAUGAAAAUGGACAUUGGUAUGUUGGGCAAAGGUAAAUCCGAUCCGUAUGCGAUCAUCUCCGUUGGCGCACAACAAUUCAAAACGGCGACAAUUAACAACACGGUGAACCCCAAAUGGGAUUAUUGGUGUGAAGCUGAAGUUAACGCAACUGUGGGACAAGAAAUUGAAUUCGAACUGUGGGAUUACGAUCCAGGUUUUCCGGGCGUACAAAACGACGAUUUUCUUGGAAGAGCAACUAUCGAGAUCAGCACCAUUGUACAAAAAGGAGAAUUCGAUACCUGGCUUGAAUUGGAACAAGCUAAACAUGGUUCAAUCCAUUUGCGAUUGUCGUGGAUGACUUUGAGCAGUGAUCGUAAUGACUUACAAGCAGCACUUGAGGAGACACAACUCUUGCGGGUUAAUUCAAUGAGCACGGCGAUCUUAACCGUUUUUCUUGACUCAGCGAAAAAUUUGCCGCAUCCUCGUCCUCAAAGCAACCCCGAUCCGUUCGUCGUUAUUUCUGUAAACAAAAAAGAAGAACGUACUGCGGUUCAAAUGCGUUCUGACGAGCCAGUUUGGGAACAAGGCUACACGUUCCUCGUGAGUAAUCCUGAAAACGACACCAUCCAGUUCAAAGUCAUCGAUCAAAAGACAACUUCGUCUUUGGGUACCCUAACGUACAUCAUCAGUCAAUUGUUACCACGUGACAAAAUGGAGAUUCGUUCACAACCGUUCGCUCUGCAAAAUGCUGGACCCGAAUCAAAACUCCUUAUGUCGAUGUCUUUGCGGAUUUUGAAAGCGCAUCGUCCUGACUUUGACUCGGAAGUCACUUCAAGCGUUGAUGGUCCUCAAAUUCCCGGAUUAAGUCGUUCGAGCUCCAUGAAAGCUGCUUCCGUGUUGCCGCCAACGAUGAAAAAACAAGACUCCCGAAUCUCACAAUCGUCCGUCGCGGCAUCCAUUGACGAAGCAGUUGCCGCUGUCGAAGACGAAAUGACACGUGGCUCGCAAUCCGAGUUGAUGUCAGCAUCGCCCACGAACAACGCCACACAAUUGGAGAAUCAAACGUUGUAUCAUCGCACGCCAAGUACCACAUCUUCCGCUGGCGUCGAUGGCUUGGGACGCAUCCAAUUGACGCUACGUUUCAACAUCCAACGACAAAAACUCGUCGUCAUCGUGCACAAAAUCGCCAAUAUUCCAUUGAAGGACCCAAGCAACAUCCCCGAUCCGUAUGUCAAGUUGUACUUGUUGCCGGGACGCGCAAAGGAAUCCAAACGCAAAACAAACGUCGUGAAGGACAAUUGCGAUCCGGUGUACGAUGCCACGUUUGAGUACAUUAUUUCGCCCGCGGAAAUGAACAAUUCCGAGUUGGAAGUUACCGUUUGCACGCAAAAAGGAUUCUUGGGAGGCUCACCAGUUAUUGGAAUGGUAAAAGUACCGUUGGGCAAUCCGGAGGUCUAUAACGCACAAGGCAUUACCACGUGGUACGAUUUGCUUCAUGAACACAAAUUCGAGUAGAAAAGUAGUUUUUAUCGACCAUAAUUGCAUUUAACGUUAAUUUUUUUGUGAAAAAUGCUCUAAAAACCUUUCAAACAGUCAUUAGUGAGAGAAGCUUUUUAUAUCUGUGCCUUUCCCGUUAUUUUUCCUCGUUGUUGCAAAGGAGAAACGUGAAGAGAGUCUCUAUUAGAUAGGAAAGUCUCGUGUGAAAAGGGACCCAAAUCCUACAAUUUUAUUUUUGAAAUCUCAUAAAUUAACGAAUAUUUAAUAAAAGUUUUAUUAUUCAUGU